AUGUGUUGAAAGGAAUUUUUAUUUCUAGUUGAAGAAAUUUUCUCCAAUAUAAGUUGUUUUUUUUCAUCGAAAUUCAUUAUUCUGAACUUUUAAUAAUUUACAAUGCAAUGAGACCAUAUGAGAUAGAAUAUUUGCUACGUUGUAAUUAUCAUGCCUAAUUAUGUGUUGUGUCAGCAAAAUAUUGGUGAGCUUGUAAAGACACCGAUUAAUGGUUAAUCAGUUUACUAAAAAAAUUUGGCUUGAAUUUAGUACAGAUUAAAAGUUGUUUUCAUUUAAUUUUCAAAAUUUACUUAUUUUCAUGCUUCUGUGCUAUAAGGAAUAGUAACUUGCCUGUCGAAAUUUUGUGUUUCUGUAACUGAGUUGUUACUUAUUAUUUUAUUUUGAUUUAAAGAUUGUAAAUGUUUAUAUCCGCUAUGAAAAUGACUGAUUCUCACACCUCUAUUGAAAGAUCUGGAAGUGAUUAUAACACGACAACGGCACAAGUGGACACGGUUGUUAGUGCCAUAAACGAACCAGUGCAACAAAUUAAUGGAACGAAUGGUGACUGUGAAUCGGAAUCAACAAUUAUACCAUUUGUAAUAAAAGCACCAAUUGCAAAUUCAAAGUUGAUAUUGCAAAACAUGGAGGAAGUUUUAAAUUCGGUCAAAAAGAAACAUCGACAAAAACACAGACGAAAAAGAGAACAGAAAAAAUUGGCUCAAAUUGAAGCUGCAGAGGCAGGAUUAAAUCGUAUUUCAAAUAAACCCGAAAGUACAAAGGUUGAAAAAAGUGAAAGAAAACAUAAAAAGAAGCCAUUACAAGAAAAAUCUGCACUUGAAAAUGAUUUAAUUCAUACGAAAACAAAGAACAAAUAUCAAAAAUCCCCACUAAAAUCGGUUUCCAAUGAAAGUAUAUUGAACCAUUUUUCACGCACACCAAAAAAAAGUGAUAAUAUUGAGUCAGAUGUCAUUACAAAUAACAAAAACGAAACUACCAGCGUCAAUGAGAUAAAAAAAACCAACGCUUUUGAAGUAUUAAUGAAUGCACGCAAUAAAAGUAUUGGUUCAAAUUCACCUGGCAGAGAAGUAUCGGAAGUAUGUGAAGUAGAUGCUGAAAAGUCGGCAAUAAAAAUAAAACGGAAGUUAUUGCUUGAAGAUUGGGCUGAGAAGAAAGGAGCAUCCAAACGAAGGGCUGAUGAAGAAAUGCGUGAAGAAUACAUAGAACAAGAAAUGAAACAUCGUGCAAAACGAUUAAAGAAAAUGCUUACUAAUGGUCACACCCCAAAGAGCUCACCAGUUUCACGAUUAAAAGAAAAUCAUAAAGCAAACGAUGGAUUAUCGCAGAGUUCAAAUGCCGUUACUCCAACAAGCACUUGUAAAGAGAAAGUAAAACGAAAAAGCCGUAUUCGAAAACGUUUGGAAUCAUUAGAAUCAGAAGAAUCUUUAAAUGACAUUAAAAAAUUGGAUGAAGAAACAGUGGAGUUUUUAUCUAAACUAAAUUCACCUACAAAGAAACGUGAUAGUCUAUUAGGAUAUUUUUCAAAAAAAGAGUCACCUAAAGACUCCAUAAAAAAAGAAGUGGAAACAACAAAAACUAAAGAAGAUAAACAAUUGACACCAAAAAUCAAUCAAAAACGUAAUUCAAAACGAAGAACACCGAUUGAAAUAAAUUCCAGUAAUAACAUUAAGCAAACCAACGAGAAAUUGUCAGAAGAACAGUGUACAACACCUAGUGGCCGUCCUAAACGAUCUUGCGCUGAUAAAGCACGUUAUGAUUAUGAUUUGGAUGAUAUAAAUACAGAGAUAUCUAAUAAAGCUAACAGUUCAAGGUCAAAAGCAACAAAAUGUAAGGAUGAUAGAGAUGACAUCGUUGAAGUUAUCAAUUUAGAUGAGAGUAGUUCAAAUGAAACACCAACGCAAACUCCUAAAAAAUUAGCACCAGUAUUUGUACGUUCUAUUCCGAAGCCCCCACCAGAUCCUGAAGUGUUAAAAGCACGUAAGGAAUUUUUGAUGUCAGGGUUGCCGGAAAAAAUACGAUUAGAAUGGGCGAAACAAAAGCAACAAGAACUGAUAUAUGAAGAAUCAAUAGAAUUGUUUCCAAAAAUAGCACAUGUACAACAAUUUGAUGCUAAUGAUCUAUCAUUGGUGCAAUAUAAAGCUUUUGAAAUAAAAUUCAGAGCAGACACAGAUAAUGAUAGUAUAAAGAAUUCAAACAGAAAAUCUAAAAGUAAAAGUCGUUCUUCCAUUGGUAACCUUACAAGUUGCACUAUUCAAGAUUUUCGUACGAUAAGCAAAUGCAACAUCAAUGACGCGAUGAGAAAUGUUAAACUGCAGUCGUUGCCUGUUUUGCAAAAUAAAAUUAAAAUCGUUAAAAUGUGGAAAAGUAAAUUUUUAAAUUUUCCAACCUACAAGUGUUACAACCAAUUGCGUGAAAAAUAUCGAUAUUUCAGUGCGAUAGAUUCAGCUCAAAAUACGGAGCAAGUAACGGAGUCUUUUGUAGUAACUCGUCGCACUACUCGAACUACAGAGACGAAAAAUAACUUUGAUGAUAGCACUGAGUAUAAACCACCAAGUGCAGCACCAAAUGGUGAAUUGCUAUUCAAUGAAAAAUACAGACCAAUGUUGUUCGAACAGGUUCUAGUAAAUUUAACCCCUAUAACGCAGCUACGGGAUUUUCUCUCUAAUUGGUCUGAUAGCAACAGCAGUAGUGUCCGCAGCUCACAAGCAUUAGAUGAUUCUGUAGAUUUUGUAAAUGAUUCAAAUUCAAGCGCUUAUGGUGUUUGUAACACAAUGGUUCUGCUGGGUCCAAUAUCAAGCGGAAAAACGAGUGCUGUAUUUGCUUUAGCAAAUGAGAUGAACUUUAACGUUUUAGAAAUCAAUGCUGGCAUGAAACGAACAGGAAAGAAGCUUAUACAGGAAUUACAGGAAGCAACACAAUCACAUCAAAUACGUAAAGAGGCUAGUGCAGGCCAUAUUAAAUCAAAACAGAAAUUAUUGAAAAUGUCACUCAAGAAACAAAAUUCUCAAACAUUC